AAUAAUCAGAGAGAAAAAUAUAACCUACCCAUAUCAUACAAUAACAAUACAUCGUAUAAUUUCAUUUAUUUAAGUUUUAAAGUAUAUUUUGAUCAUUUCUGUAUCUAAUCACAUUUAAUCUAGAUUUUCCCACCCCCAUUCUGAAAAGUGUACUCCCCUAAACGUCAUCAGAAAUGGUGCACAAUCCGGUCACUGGGGCAGAGAUUUGAGCCCUCAAAAUUUCUGGUGAAGAAUCUUGGUCAGGAACAGUUGUCGGGAUGUACAGCAAUAUCCAAGCCCCGCCAUUCCCGUACAAUCCCCUCGUACUCCAGGCCAUGCAUGCACAGUUGUCUCGCCCACCUCCCACACCGAGGGAACUCAUCGCACUGGAGCUGAACAUGAGACAGCAAAAAGGAAUGCAAAUAACAGGGAUGACAACAUGUCCUCUCAGAGGAAUAAAACGUCGACAUGAAGUGGAGACGAUGGACCCAAAGCGACAGUGUUUCCAGGCUCCUCAGCUGCAGAACAACAACCUGCAGUUCCACGCACUCCCUCAGCACCACCUUCUCCUCCAAAAUGUCAUCAACAGACAAGUGACCAAUCAGAACCCUAUGCAUAAUGCUACAACUUUAAUCAAUCCACAGCUUCUUUACAACAGGCUACAUGUUCCUGAAGCACCAAGCAAUCAGCUACCAGCAUAUAACGGUGUGAAUGUAAAUGAGCAGCCAGUGUCAACUGCACAGGCAGUGACUCUCAAUAACAACAGGCCGAUCGCCACUAGAAAACGACUAAACGCAGUCAGCACACCACCAAAGAACCACAAAGCUGCCAAGCAGAUGAAAGUGGACGUCACAGAUAAACCCUCAGGAAACUGCCACAGUAGCAAUGUCAGGGGCAAUAUUACUCAGAGAGCAGUUCUGACCUGCAGCUGCCACUCAUUCCAGAACCACAACAGUCCUGACCUCAAACAACUGGACAAGUUGUCCCUUCAGAUGCUGGAGCGGUACCAGGCCCAGAGACAAUCCAACUAUGACCUGCAGAGGAAAGUUCGUCUCCAGGAUGCCCUCACUGACAUCAUACAAGGAGUCAUUCCACACUCCUCACUCUACCUUGUUGGGUCAUCGCUGAACGGGUUUGGAAGUCACGACAGUGAUGCAGACAUGUGCCUCAUCCUGGCCAACAGGAGAUACAUUAACCAGAGAGGAGAGGCACGAGAGAUCCUAGCUGUUGUGAACAAAGCUCUCCGAAUCUGUCCCUUCAUUCAGCGACCCCAGCUUAUCCGAGCCAAGGUUCCCAUUCUCAAGUUCAAGGACUCAGUCAGCGGUGUGGAGUGUGAUGUCAACAUCAACAACCUGACUGGUGUCAGAAACACCUUCCUUCUACAGGCGUAUUCUCGACUGGACUGGAGAGUACGGCCCCUGGUGUUCCUGGUGAAGCUGUGGGCAGGUGCACAGGGGAUCAAUGAUGCCAGCCAAAGUACACUGUCUUCCUACUCACUAACACUCAUGACUCUGCACUACCUGCAAGUGGGCUGUUCAGCGCCAGUCAUUCCGUCCAUACAGAGGGAUUACCCAGAGCUGUUUGCCCUGCACCUGACAGUGGACCAGCUGGAAGCCAACGUGAGCCGGGUUCCCCCGUACAAAACUGCCAACACACAGUCACCAGCAGAGCUGCUCAAGGGAAUGCUCAGCUACUACACAAAUGUGUUUGAUUUUGAGGAGGAGGUCAUCUCUGUGAGGCUGGGCGUCAAGCUGAGGAAACGUGGCCUGCAGGAUGACAGGGAGUGGCGGGAAAAAUUCAUCUCCAUUGAAGAGCCAUUUGACCAGUCCAACACAGCUCGGGCAGUGUAUCAGUACCCCAAGUUUGAACUGAUCAAGAAGGCCUUCAGUAAGGGCUACAAGAUUCUUCAAACAACCGACAACCUAGAUGACCUACUGUGCAAGUGUGAUCCAUGACUUUUCCACUUUUGACCUCUGCAAUCCAUGACUUUGUUGAGUCCUGAAGGGGGAAUGCUUCUCUCCUGAUCCUUUAUUUAUCUCCAAAGAAACUGAUAUCAAAACAAAGACAUUUGUCACUUGGUAAACCUUGAAGACAGGAGAUGGAUGCCUUGUGUUACUUAAUGUUUGGACUUUGAAGAAAGCACUGUUGCCGAAGAUUUCCAGUAUUGGUUGUUGUUUCUUCCCCUGAUACUAGUGUUCCAAAUGGACCUGCUACCAAACUGAAUAUCUAUUGCAGCAUACCUGACCUGUGACAUGUUGGUGCUAAUGACCUGAAUAGUUCCCAGUUUAGUAUAUAAGAAAAGUAUUCCACAAGUCCUGUUUGCUCUGCCAUAUUAGGAACAAUUUGAAUUCAAGCCAAGAAUUCAGAAGAAAGGAACUAUGUUGCAUCAUGAGUAAGUUUUGAUCUCAAUCGUUGACUGGAAGAGCUUCCCAAACAUCUUACCUUUGGAGAUCUUUCAAAGCAAAGUGAAGUCCACUGUGGCAAGGCAGUCUCAUUCAACCUGUUUUGUUUAUUUAGCUUUUAUAUUUUAUGUUGCAUCAAGAUGACUUAUUCAGGUACCUCUUGGUGGUUUUAAUAAUGACUGUGAAGCCAAAGAUUAAAGAUGAUCCAAUAAAGUGGAACUUGAAUGGCAUUUACUGUUGUUUAUAUGUUAUGUAUUUUAAGAACUAUUAAAGAUCAUACAAAACCUUAAA